AUGGAGGAGUCUGACCUGCUGAAAGAGAGGCUCCAGGCCAUCACUGAGAAGCAUCACAUUCAAGAAGACAUUAGACAGAAGAAACUGGAGCUGGACCAAGAGAAACUCAAACUGCAGCAUCUAAAGAAAAAAGCUCUGAGAGAGCAGUGGCUGCUACAGGACCCAGCUUCCCACAAUGCAUCAGCCUCCCCACAGCAGCAGAGCCUUCUGUCUGACCAGCAGCAGACCAGGGCUCUGCAGCUCAACAUCCACAGGAUAGAAAUGGAGGUGGAGUCUCUGGAGAGAGAGGAGUCAAUGAUUUCUACCAAGGAGAGCUUCAUCCUCAACAGACUGAGGUCUGUGGAGAGAAGUUCAGAAGACAUUAUUAAGGAGGCCCAGGACAGCUUUGUUCCUGAGCCAUUACAGUUGACCACAGUGAUCCCUGAUGUCCCAGAAUCCCUCUUUCCACCAACCAACAAACACUCUGAACCAAACACACCAAGACAGACUCUGUUCGCCAUGGAGAUCAAUGUGACUAAAAACCUGUUGACUGGGGAGAGCACAGUGCUCUCUACUGCAGCAGUUCCUCCUGAGGAGUUAAACCAACACACUGGGCUCAAGGUUUAUGACGACGGCAGGAAGUGUGUUUAUGCCCUGAAUUCACAAGAGGGGUCACAUGACCGGAGCUGUGCGUCCGAGCUGUCAGCCAACGAGGUUGAACAGUUGUUGAGAAGUGCCACGGUGCAUCGCCAAGUUAACCACCAAAACCACCACCAGAAUCACAGCAGAAAGAAGGAGCAUUGCUUUUACAACCAAGAUGAGCGAGACAGGAUGGAGGGGUGUGACCUCAGACUCCAGGGAGGACAUUACAGAAACCAUCACGUCAGAAACAACUUAACAGAGAAAGACUACAGCGCUCAGGACGACUGGCCGAGAAAACCAGGGGUAGAGCAUCACUGUGGUCACCAGGAAAGCCAUUACAGAAGGCAGAAAGAGAGAAAUAACCAAAGCAACCUGAGGGAAGGUCAUCACCUUGGAAGCCACAAGGGGUUGGGACAUCACUAUGGCAACCAGAAAGAUCGCCACCACAGCUUGUACCAAGUGAGAAACUGUACUCAGGAGGAUUGGCCUACUGGUCCCCACACCAACGGCAUCAUCAGAAGCAAUAGCAUGAUAAAUGGAGGCAGAACCAAUGGCUGUCCUCCUCCCAGAUCACAUGACCAGGAAGUAGUGUCUGCCUACCAACCACAGCUCUGCUACACUCCAGGCAAUUAUAUUCCUCUUAGUGAUUACAUUAGCGUGGAGGAAGAAAAACUUUACUGCCCCAGCCCACCUUCCUAUCACAGCCAUGAUGUAAACCCACCCACUGCUCUCUACAGUGGCCACACCCACUCUGACAGAGUGCCCUCCCCCCUUUAUGGAGACGACACUCCCUACACCAUCCUCAACGCCAUGGAGACCACUGAGCCAAUCACAGCCAUCUUCAUGGGCUUCCAGACGGCACAGGAUGACAGUGGGCAGGGUCAGGACUUCGAAGGCGCCCUGAAGGCAGAGCUGGUCAUCAUCGAGGACAACGAUGAUGACAACAGCAUGAAAGAGAAGAAGAGCCAUGCCCAGCUCGGCAGCAAUAGUUAUCCAGCAGGAAGUUCAGCCAAUGGAAACAUGUGUGGUGUGGAGGGAUUUGGAAACAGACGAAUGGAGAGACGGGUGGGACCAGGUAUUAGAAAGAUCCAAAAAAAACACAAGCCCUGCUGCACUGUCUGCUAACUGAACUUACUCAUGCAUGGCUGAAUGUCCGACUCACUAACCAGCCGUAUCAGUCCCAAAGACUAACUGCGAACAAGCCCGCCAUUGCUUUAUGUCACCGGUGAAACAGUUACUGUGGGGGAAGUAAGUAAAGCAGGACACGACCUGGUCCUGUUCAUUACAGCCGUUCAGUGUUGAAUGCUAAUUCUGAAUGAAACAUCAAAACCUACCAAUACGUACCUCUGGCAGGACUCAUGUAAAUCUCUUGCUUCAAGUGUAAAUCCAACUUUACCCACCUUAGAAGCUCCACUAAUCGAUUGUUUUAUAUUAGAUGGAUCAAAUGGCUACAUGUGAUAAAAGGGGUCAAUUUAAGUGAUGAACCCUAACAGAAUUAUCUGCAGCUCUUUAAGUGUACUGAGCUUUUUAGCCGCUAAUUGGAGCUAAUUGUUUUCUAUCUAUAAUUUCAACUUCAACUUCAAGCUUUAGGCCCUAUGGUUUAGUCUCACCACUGCUUUAUUUGGUCUGGUAAACCCACUGCCCACUACCUGUCCGGCACCAAAUGUUAGAGACUAGCUGGUGCACAUAGCGGAGCAUUUAGCAGCUAAAAAGACAUAUUUUUCUCAGGACUUGGUGGAGACCAAAACAGAGCUAAAAGGAGAGUGAAUAUUUGUCUUAGGUUCAUCAGGUGGUCAGAGUAUAAAACAAAUACAGAUAUUUAACUUGUGCACAGAUUUAGAGUCCAGUGAGCUGCUGACCUGAGGCUCCCUCUGCUGGUGUGAAGGUGCUGAUGUGACCUAGUUGAUAAUAAUGAGCAGAGCUACUAUAAUAUAGCUGCUAUAUAAGAGUGGCAGCAAUGGUGGACCUAGAGAUAAUGAAAUACCCUUUAUUUCAGCAAAAGCUAUAUGGAAUUUGUAUGAUGAGCUUUUUAAAUAAGUGCUUUUGCAGUGUUUUGUAGUGUAGUGGUGUAUACUCUUGUACACUGGCUUCCAAAGUAGGUUUCAUGUACCCUUAGUGGUACCCAGAAAACUGAAAGCAGAUUCUUUUCAGCUGACUAACACUGCUAGACUUAAGAUAAGAGAAUGUGCAAGUGUGACAAUAAUUGAUUUGACUUAACUACACAACAUCAAGUUGGUGUACAAAUAGACAUCAUUAAAUGGGCUCUGAGGUAUGUUGCAGGUUUCAUUUGGGUUUUUCCAAAUGGCAACUUUGGGGCAACACAUUGUCAGACUUGAAAGCAAUGAAAACCAGUAAUUAUGUCACAUGACAUAAUGUAUACUUAAAACAUUUGUAAAAACAUAAAACAUUUGUAUUUCAGUGACACAUGGUGGAAGAGGCAAGGCAGACUUCAUUAUUUACAGAUGAAAAUGUCCUACUGUGUCACAAUU